AUGAUGCGCUGUACAGUCAUCCUGCCGUUCCUCCUCUCCGUGGCGGCUUUCGUCAUAUCCUUCCUCCUCCUCUUCGCUGGCCACAAGGAGGGCUUCAUGGAGGACUAUUCCAUCAUCAGGCUCAACACGUCCACUCUCGGAUACGACGUGUUGUCCCGUGCCACGAGCGACGGCGACCAAGACCGCGGCGGCAUCGGCGGCUUCAUCGAUGACCUCUCAGACGGUGUGACGGAAUUCAUCAACGACCUCGGAAACGACAUUGUCGACCACUUUAGCGAUGAACUCGGCAUCUCUCAGUGGUACUCCAUCCACCUGAUGACCAUGUGCAGCGGCGACUACGCCCCCAACGCCACCGAUCCCGACGCCAAACACAACGUCACCAGCUGCACCAAGCAGAAGCCUGCCAACCGCGUCAACCUCACCGAGAUUCUCGACCAGGAACUCGCGAUCGGCCCCCUGAACCUCUCCCUCGCCGACAUCAACUGGCCCGACGCCAUCCAGGACCAGAUCGACACGGUCAACAAGGCCCUCCUUGCCGUCUUCAUCCUCUACGCCCUGGCCAUCGGCUUCACGGGCCUCGCCAUGCUCGGCGCCGUCGCCGCCUUCUUCCUCGACCCCCGCCGCAAGCUCGCCUCCCUGACCAACCUGCUCCUCACCCUGCUCGCCGCCAUCGUCCUGCUCGCCGGCAGCAUCGGCAUCAUGAUCGGCAGCCGCAAGGGCGCCAGGGAGCUGAACAAGGUCGGCGAGGUCGUCGGCCUCGAGGCCGAGGCAGGUGGCGGCUUCAUCGCCCUCUCGUGGGCCGCCUUUGCCGUCAUGGCCGCCGCUGUCAUGUACUGGGUUGCCAUGUUCUGCCUCGGUAGGGUGCAGAAGAGGAGGGGGUACUCUGAGAAGCGGGGCGGCAGGUACUGA